GUCUACCUGGACUACGCCGCGACGUGCCCCAUCUACCCCGAGGUCGCCGACGCCAUGGUGCCCUUCCUCUACGACCACUGGGGCAACCCGUCGAGCGGCCACGCCUACGGCGCGCCCUGCCGCUCGGCCGUCGCCGAUGCGCGCGGGUCGAUCGCGCGGCUCCUCGGCUGCGCGUCCGAGGAGGUCGCGUUCUGCUCCUGCGGCAGCGAGGCGGACAACUGGGCCAUCCUCGCGAGCCUCGGCGGGAAGCGGCGCCACGUCGUCGUGUCGGCCGUCGAGCACCCGGCGAUCCUCGCGUGCGUCGACGCGCUCGAGCGCGAGGGCCGGUGCGACGUGUCGCGCGUCGGCGUCGACGCGCGCGGCGUCGUCGACCCGGCGGCCGUCGCCGACGCCGUCAAACCCGGCGAGACGGCCCUCGUGUCCGUCAUGCUCGCGAACAACGAGGUCGGCUCCGUCAUGGACGUCGCGGCGAUCUCGGCCGCGGUCAAGGCGCGCGACGCGGGGAUCCUCGUCCACACGGACGCCGCCCAGGCCGUGGGGAAGAUCGACGUCAACGCGAAGCGGCUGGGCGUCGACUACCUGACGCUCGUGGGCCACAAGUUCGGGGCCCCGAAGGGCGUCGCCGCGCUCUACCACAGGCGGGGCGCGCCGCUGCGGUCCAUGCUCUUCGGCGGCGGCCAGGAGGGCGGCCUCCGCGCGGGCACGGAGGCCGUGCCGAGCGUCGUCGCCCUCGGCGCGGCGGCGGCCAUCUGGACCCGCGAGGGCGCCGCGAUCGCCGCGCACUCCGCGGCGAUGCGCGACCGGCUCCGGCGGAGGCUCGAGGCCGCGCUCGGGCCGGAGCGCUGCGCCGUCAACGGGCCCCUGGGCGCCGGCGGCGAGGCGCUGCCCAACGUGCUCUCCUUCGCCGUCCGCGGCGCCCGCGCGGCGCGCGUCCUCGGCGACGUCGGCGACCGCGUCGCCGCGUCCGCGUCCGCCGCGUGCCACUCGGGCAGCGACGCCGUCUCCGCCGUGCUCCUGGCCGUCGGCGUCGAGACGGAGCUCGCGCUGGGCACGCUGCGCCUCUCCGUCGGGCGCCACACGACCGCGCGCGAGGUCGACGCCGCGGCCGAUGUCCUC